UUCCGACUGUGUGACAGAUGUGUUACAAACACUAGAGAAUACUGCUACAUAUUCGGUCGAUACUUAAAUGUUCGGGUAUUAUUGACGUGUGAUCACAUAACUUUACAAAUGGAACUUGGCCCAACUACAAUGGACGGACCAGCAGGUCAUGGAGACAAGGUUGGUCUCAUCAAUGAUGAUCCUCCGAAGCGGACGACGAAGAAGGAGUCGACAGACAGUGACAGUACCCGGGCAGAGUCCUCACCACUGCAUAAAGGCAAUGCAGGGGAAAACCAGGAUGGGCAGAAGAGCACCCUACAGUCCUUCAGCCUGCGUGUGAUCAUCGUCUCCGCUAUAGUGUUUGCCGUUGCUGUCACCGUCUCCCUCAUCCUCACCAUCUACCUCGGCCCACCACAGAUUGGUGAACACGCUGCUGUGGCCUCCGAUGUUGGCGUCUGCUCAGAUAUGGGCCUGGUGAUCCUCAAGAAGGGAGGUAAUGCUGUUGAUGCUGCUGUUACAACGCUGUUGUGUCUGGGCGUGGUCAACUCCCACAGCUCAGGGCUUGGAGGUGGUGGUUUUAUGCUUGUAUAUGACCACAAGAUAAAGCAGUCAACUGCCUAUGACUUCCGUGAAACAGCACCCAGAGCAGCCAAAGAUUCCCUCUUCCCGACAAGAGCAUCAACAAUGACGGGCGGCAGGUCUGUGGCUGUCCCGGGAGAACUCCGGGGUCUGGAGAUGGCCCACAAAGAUUUUGAGCAGAAGUUGACCUGGAGUGAGGUAGUGCUGCCAGCUGCUGACCUUGCAAGGAAAGGAUUCAACGUCACCCGAUAUGGCUUAGCUAACACGCUGAAACACAAGUUCAAGGUCGAUGACUUUAAAGGGACACUACUGGGACAGCUGUAUGUGAGAAACAAUCAGUUUGUGACUGAGGGAACGUUCAUCGUGAGACCGGACCUAGCUAACACUCUGGAUGCCAUAGCAGAGAAGGGUGCUGACGAAUUCUACAAGGGAGAAAUUGCAAAAUCUAUCGUCAAGGCUGUGAAGGCUCAUGGCGGAGUGAUGACCAUGGCUGACAUGGUCAACUACCAGGUGAUGAAGAGACAGGUCCUGACGACCUCCUUCAGAGGAAGCACAGUGGUGACGCUGCCUGCGCCCACGUCGGGGCCGAUACUGCUGCUCAUGUUGAACAUGAUGGAGAGGUUUAACUGGACCCAGGCCAACAUCAGCGAUGCAUCAACGUACCACAACAUGACAGAGAUAUUUAAAUACUCCUAUGCCCACCAAGGUCUACUGGGAGAUCCCGACUUUGUUCCAAAUAUGAGGAACACUUCCUUGAAUAUUAUUGCAAAAAAAUAUGCCAUUGAGCUGGCCAAUCUUGUUGACAAUGAAACCCACCCAAUAUCCCACUACCAUCCUCUGUAUGCUCCGGAGGUGAACAAAGGCACAACGCAUCUAUCUGUUGUGGACACAUCAGAACUCAUGGUCUCCGUUACAUCGACAAUCAACGAAUUCUUUGGGUCGAAGGUCACUACAACAACGGGUAUUUUACUGAACAAUGAAAUGGCUGACUUUUCCUUCCCCAACUUCACUCGUAUCAAGGACCUUCCUCCAAAUAAGAAUAAUUUUCUUGAGCCAGGCGAACCAAAGCGUCCUCUGUCUUCCAUGGUGCCAACUAUCAUCUACAACCCAGGCUACCCCUGUGCACUAAGGAUGGCUAUCGGUGGAUCAAAUGGAAGAAGGAUCAUUGCAGGUGUUGCUGAGACAAUUGCCAAUGUGAUGGCAUUUGGAAUGGGUCAGGAUAUAGCUCGUUCUAUUGAGAGACCAAGGAUAUAUGACGAUCUGUAUUCAAACAGAACAGAGUAUGAAGCAUUGUUCCUAGUGUCUGUUGUGGACGACAUGAAGAAGAUGGGUCACAACAUGGUCAAGGUCAGUGAGGGUCUCAGCGUCGUCCAAGCUGUUGCCAAGGUCAAUGAUGCAAUUUUUGCCCACUCAGACUCCCGCAAGGGUGGGAAGGCAGCUCUGUUUUAAUAAGGAAUUGGAUUUGUGAAAUAUUUCUGUUUAUCAUUCCAAUUGUUUGAAAUGAGAGGUGUGGUAAGGGUUUUGAUGAAAAAUAUACUAAUUGAGGGGACGGUUUUUUAUCCUGUUUUUUCCCCUAUUUUUCAUUUUAUCAGCUAUUAACUUUAAAGUUUGGAAUUAGGUUUGGUAUUUUGAUCCAAGAAAUCAUGAAUUGUGUAAUUUAUGUCCAUGCUGACAUUUACUUUUCA